AUGUCUACCAUGCCUGGAAAACAAUACUACAAUGUAGGAGUCCUACUCUUCCAGGGUGCAGAUAUACUCGACUUUGCGGGUCCCAUGGAAGUCCUCUCCCAUGUCUUGCAUAACGGCAACCCAGACGACCCUGAUCGAAUGUUCGCCAUUCAGACCAUUGCACGACGCAAGAUUAUUCGCGCUGCGAAUGCAUUGAGUGUGCAGGUGGACAGACUUCUCGUCCACGCGCUGGAGAAUAUCUCCGAGUACGACAUUCUGGUCGUGCCAGGAGGACCGCCAUCUGUACUACUGCCUAUGGCUGAUGCCAAUGUGCCCGAGGUAGAGCUCAUUCGAAAGUUUGCGUGUUUACCCCGGACUGCUCCACACAGGCCGCGUCUGUUAUUCUCGGUUUGCACCGGUGCGUUUUUGCUCGGUGCCACAGGUGUUUUAUCGGGCCUGACUAUCACUACUCAUCAUCGAGCCCUUGAUACUCUCCGAGAUAUAUGUCUCAAGUCUGCAAAUAAGGCUGAGCCGCCAACGAGUGUAGUGCAUAAGCGCUAUGUUGAUGGGGGAUUCCUUAAAGGCGAUGCUAUGCGAGUAAUAACGGCGGGGGUGUUAGUUCGGGCCUCGACGCGACCUUCCACGUUGUCAACCUGCUAA